AUGUCUCCCCCCCAGGGCCUGGACAUUGGAGGGGGUAAAUGUAAGACAGAGGAGAGUGAAUGGGACGAACAUGCAUACCAGCUUUUUCUAUGUCACAGGGCAGACUUAGCUCUUCCAAGAGAGGAGAGUGAGGAUGAGCUUGUGUCCAGUGAUGAGGAGAAUGAUGUGAAUGUGAACCUUGAAGAGGAUAAGGACAGUGAGAGGUCAGAGUCUGAGUCAGGCACAGACACAGAACCAGAGGAAGAAUCAGAGGAAGCAGAUCAAAAUCGUUUUACCUUUGCCGCAGUGGAUAAAAAACAUGUUCUUGAAAUCAGAAAUAUCAUAAAAGAAGAUCAAGCAAUCUACUAUUGUCAAAUAAGGGGUGGAAUUAUUUUGAGCUUCAUGAACGGCACCUUCUUGGUUGUUAAUGAUGGAGCAGACUCACAGAGCUGUGUUCAUGUGACACAGAGUCCAUCCUCUGCUUCAGUGGUCCCAGGACGCUCAGUGUCUCUUCAGUGUUCACUUCAGCCCAAAAACAACAAGAGCCAAAUCCAGUGUCCACAAGAGCAGCAGGUGCACUGGUUCAGAGCUGGAUCUGUGGAGCCUCACACUGGACUCAUGUCCCACUUUACAAACUCCAGCUGUGUCUACAGUCUGUCCAAAACUAUAGGACGCUCCUCUGAGGCUGGGACAUACUACUGCGCUGUGCACACAUGUGGACAUAUCCUGUUUGGGACAGGAACUACACUGAACAUAGAUGAGCUCCCAGAGCUGCAGCUGUUGCCAGUGACUGUGGCUCUGUCAGUCCUGUUGUGUGUGUGUGUGCUCGUGAUCAUCGUCCUCUGUGUGAAGAGAGGGAGGCUCUGUGCACACUGCAGAGAUUCUCCUGAUACUGUCAAUAGUUCACACUGUGAGAGUUCAGAAAAUAUGGAUACACAUGCAGAUGUCAACUAUGCAGCGCUGAAUUUCUCCUCCAGAAAAAUGAAUCAGAGACAGAGCAGUAACACAAGAGGAGAGCAGGAGUGUGUGUACUCCAGUGUGAGAGCAGAGCACCACUGAGAAACUGAUCCUCACUUGGCCCACUCAGGAACAUACUGUGUGAUAUUUUGAUUUUAGUUAUCAAGGUUUUUCUUUGUUUUCCUUGUUCUAAUUCUUAUGCUUAUUUCAAUCACAAAGCCUCUUCUACAGAGCAUUAUAUUGACAUUACUUAUACAAUAUCUUGUUUUAAAGACUUGCUGUUUGAUUUCUGUGUCAGUUAUUCUAGGAAGUAAGUGCAGGGCACACAAUCUUAUUUUAACAUAUUUGAUAAUGAAAAGGCCAUAUAAGUGACACAAGAUUAGAUAACAGAACAUUGCCAAAUCCAAAAUGUCCCAUCACAUGCACAUCAUGUUCAAGACAAGAAAUCAUUUCAUAUCAUUACUUGAUAACAUCGUCACUGGUGAUCAAAAUUAAUCUAUCGCACAUUACAAAUAAUAGAAGUAAAGAUUGCUCAAUGCAUUGCAGGUUGUUCUUGUUAUUAAACGAAUAAAUUUUUUUAAUGUUUAAUGAUGAUGGAAUUGUGAUUAUUUUAAGGAGACACUGUUAAUGAUGAAAUGUUGUUCCUACAGUUGGUCAAAUGUUUCCUUAAUAUAUUUUGUACCUGUCCAAGGACUGCAGAUGGAAAGUAGCUUGUAGCUAAAUCCCGGCCCAGAGCAUCUAUUCUCUCUAAGUUUAACAUU